AAAAGUGUCUCGUUCACAGUUCCCGGAAUUGGUUCAUCUAAAUCCCAAAAGACCAAAUGUUUGGGCUUGAAAGUGCCUAUUGGCCAUACUUGGCCUAUCUGGCGCUAAUACUUGUUGGCCUUGCAGUCCUUGCCAAAUGGGGGUUGUACGCCUUUACAGGGGUAUACAUUGGCUCCAUCAACCCAUUCAUGCUCCGGGUGAGCUCCAUUUCCAUUACCCAACCAGGAGUUUCCAUCAAUAUCCGCAGCCUUUAUCUCAGGCUAAACCUCUGGGAUCGCAAGGAGCGCCUCAAGUUUGUGGCGGACAGCACCCACAUUGUGGUGCACGUCUCGACCAAUACGAAUCAGAAUAAUCCAGACUCUAUGGAGAACGCCCAGAAACCCAUACCUGUCCUUUCGAUUUAUCCAAGGGAGGGCCGAGCGAUAGUGCAGUUCUUGCUCGCCCACUUGCCAGCCACCAAGAUUCUCUUGAAGGACACGUCUGUGUUGGUGGGGAAGCUUCCACCAGUCACAGCUUAUCGGCUCGAAGUGAGUGCCCUAGACCAUGCGACAGUCGAUAAUUCCUGGAAACUCAGUCUUAGUACUUUGUUGAGUCAGGUUGAGUGGAGCGGGCAGUACUUGGAUACUCUCCGGCUCGAGGUGUCCACAUUAAUCGACCGGAAGACCGGGGUACUCUCCAGAACGAAGGUGCGUGUGUUCGUGUUCAAGUUGACAGCGUCGUUGGCGACCUUACUUAAGAUAAAUGAGCCUCAAGUAGAGAUUCAAUCCCCUCCAAAGAGCUCCGAUCUACAGCCCCACUCGAAGGACUUUGAACUACAUGCCAAUACUGGGCCACAGGACUCAGAGCUUCGCCCAGCCUCAGAUCUUGAUUCUAUGGCUAUGUGGUUGGAACUCCUUGAAACCUCCAUUGAUGAGGUCACCUUCCACUUGGAAAACAUUAAGGUGGACGAUAUUCCAUUCCUUUCCAACUUCCAUUCCGUCGAGGCUGGUCUCACCGACUCCUUGAACCACUUCCUCCAGUUCAGAGUGAAGUCCAGUUCCACCACGCACAAGCACCUAGACCCUCUCUCCCCCGGCUAUGACCUCCACUUCCGUCUAGAUGAGCGUGCAUCCCAGGUGGUAUCCACUUCGUCACUCGUGCAGCUCAACUUAUGGCAUCGUAUUCCAGGCAAGAAACCGCAGCGUGUGCCGCUCGCUGCCAUCCCCAGCCUCAGCCUUUCUAUCCAGUCGAACUUCUGGCAGCAGUUCGGUGUUCAUUUAAGGUACGAUAGCGGCUGGGCCGCGUGCCGUGUCGUGGGUGCCGCCUCCGUCUCCAGUCCGACUGUGGACCUUUCCACGGCAGCUCUCGCCUUGGCCGUGUUCAACGGUGUUUUGGUCCAACGCUACCAACUCUACAAGAUGGGAAAGCCAGGGAAAGGAACUUCGGAUUGGGAUAUUCCUCGGAGUGCAGCUAUGCCCUCCGCUUUGGCUAUGGCAUCAUCUCUGCUUCCUGUUGUCAACGUGAAAUUGACACUUGAGCAACCAGCGCUCAUCAUCAAACAUCGUUCCGACACCUUGCGUCUCACAAAGCUCUCGCUCGCGUUACUCAGUCUCCAGAUCGGUUCGCGCGGCGGACGCUACGAGACUUCUCUUGACGUGUUGAACGUUCGUUUGGGGUACCGUGAAAAUGACACCCAUCUCGCAGACAUCCUCCACAUCCAGAACCUCGGUGUGCGCGGUGUUUCCCAGAAGAGCGGGCGGUUCGCAACGCGCGUGGAUGUAACAGUCACCGGUGUCAGGGUUGACCUCUGUGCCAUCCCUGUCUUGCUCGGCAUUUCACGGCUUCUCACCGAGACACUGAGAGAAUUCCGCAUACUCAAAGCCUCCGAUGCGUUCAGCGUGCCCGAUGAGCUUCAGACGCUCCAGAGCCCUAGCGUCGACGACCGAUUCGGCGAGCUCCCUCCAUGGCUCGAAACCGCCACCAUUUCGGUGACACAGGUGGACAUCGUGCUUGGAUCCAAGUCUGUGUUCGACCCCGCCAUAACCUCCGCUGGGGCAACUGGCAGCGUGGCAUGCAAAAUUGCAGAGGUUGACGCACAGCUUACCAAAGAGGCCGAGGGCUCUAGCCUUCCAUGGGGGGUGAAGGUGCAGACGCGGGGCCUUGCGAUCGUGCCGGUAUAUGAAAACACACUGGCUACAGCAAAGUACGAGAAGUUCUUACGGGUUCCUAACGUAACGUUGGAGUUCUAUCCGGAAAACAUUAACGAGGGAUCGAAGCAAACGGUAGAAUAUCACCCGAAUGGCCCUCCCUCUUCGCGGCGCUUGACCCUCGACGUGGAAGUUUCUCGUGUCGAGAGCUACUACAGCGUGUACUGUCUCUUUGUGAUGGUGGGUGCGGCCAGCUUACUCCAGGCCACGGUCGUGGGGCCGCUCCGCGAGGCCACAGCGCUCGCAGCGCUUGGCAAUACUAUUCACUCCAAUCCAAUACCGCUACUAUUGCGUGUGAAUGUCACGGUUGCGGAGUUGGAUGUGGUUCUUGAGUUCUCCGAGCUGCUCAAGAUGCGCAUCCAGGUUUCUGAAGCCCAUGCGUGUAUCCGUGAAGGCCGUCCGGCCGAGGUGGCGGUGCAGUUUGUGCGCUUACUCCUUGAGUCUCCGACGGUUCCCGGCUUCUGGACACGGUUAGCGUGUGUAGACGCUGCUGAGGCAACCAUCGACACGAAAAAACAGCCGCCAAGUAUCGAUGUGCGCACCGCAGCGAUUCGUAUCGUGAUGCCAAACCAGCUCCGCCUCUAUCGACUCUUUGACCUGCUUGCGCUCACGGCAAAGGUGGCCAAGCAGCUCGUAUACUCGUUGGGCCAUGAUAACGUUGAGCUGGUUGUCCAGCUGGAGAUUGAACUGGCGGUACAGCUUCCUGACGUGGCACUCCAUACAGCAAAAGUGAUGAUGGCUGUGGAGGAUGAUCCGUUCGAGAGUGAGUUGAAUGGGAUCUUCCAGUUAGGGUUACUUGAGCAGGCACAGCGCACCGAGAAGCUCCGCCAACUUGCGCUCAGGACCGCUGACGAAAAUACCCCACAACACGCCACAUUGAUGGCGUACUUCUCGCGGUCAUGGAUCCGCCGCGUACGGGCGUUUAAGGCUAAGUCACGCGCAGAGAGCAUACGCAACGUAAAAUACUUGUAUGGUGGAGAGGCCAGACUUGCGCCGGUGUUUGCGCGCGAUGUGUUGGCGCCCGCGCCCCUUGCGCCGCUCCUCUCAGUUGCACUCGCAGAGGUCGAUGUGCGGUUGAGCGAGCCCCAAUUCGCAGACCUUCGGUACUUCCUCUAUCGCAUGGGGCAAGGCCUCCCGGACGACACGCCCUGGACAUUGCUCGUGCCGAUGUACGUGGAGCUCACGGCGCAAGAGGCUCGUGGGCACAUCCGAGACUAUCCCUUGCCUCUUUUCUGGGUGCCACGCGCAGCGGCAGCGCUCUCGGUUAAGGGCCACCUCGUGUUGGGCGAGAAGUUCGACAGUGACCCCAAGAACAUGCGUGACGUGUGGGUGCCGUUGGUGCCGGUGUGUGAUAGGACAGCCGAGAUGGCUUCUCUUGUGUCGACGGUGAUUCCUCGUACGCUCGCUCCAAUGUGGUGUUUUAUGGAUAUGGCGGCGCGCAUCGACACACAACGGCCAGCAGCCGGCACAUGGGGGGUCGCGUACCGGGCGGCAUUGAAGCAGCUUCUGUUGAGCUUUGACAACGUUACCAAGCCCCCAGUGGACCGCUCGCCAAAAGUGGGGGUGUGGGACAAAAUGCGCCAGCUCGUGCACGGGCGGUUCGAGUUAGAAGUAGCAAACGAGUUGCACAUCCACCUCAAAGGCUCACGCGACCCGUACGCAUUGCUUGGGACUGCUGGUGGCUUCACACUCGGGUUUGUGCGCGACGUGCGCGUUGAUAUCAACUCUACCGACGAUCUGCGCGAUUUCCUUGGGGUACGUGCAGACGAGGUCAACUGGACAGUGCCUAACCACCUCGCACAGCCGUUGUUGGUGUGGUGUCGUGAGACCGACAAGGCUGUGCUCGUACCCACCACGCGUGCGUUCCUCAACUCCACGUUUGCAUAUUUCCUUCAUGCGGAUAUGGCGCUUGCGGGGCGCGCGCCGCCAAUAGUUGGUGCUAAGACCUGUGUGGUACUCACUGGAGGGAUCUUCUUCGGACUCGGGUACAUGUUUGAGCGCAACGCCGCGGAAGGUCGGACGUUUGAAUCCGUCCCGUUCCAUAAAUUGCAGCUUUGCAACCCGGCCCUUGUGCCUGAGGGUCACGACGCGUACGCAGGGUUCCGCAGUGAAUACGUCCACAUGGCGAUUACCGUCACUGCCGAUGGACCAACAAGCCGUAACGCCAUCAGCUUGUCGCCACGGUCGUUGCGGCAGUUCAUAGACUGGUGGCAUUUGUUUGCGGGUAACAUGGAUUUGCCCGUUCGCCAGGGCCGCCUUUUUGGACUGCCGCCGCUGACAACUGCGCUCUCGGAGCGCUUAGCGACGUUCAAGUUCCAGUUUGUUAUCGCCCCAAUCACUGUUCUGCUCAUGUACCAUGACCAGGAUACGAUCGCAGGCGACCACAUGUGCAUCGGGGUGAAGGGUCGUGUCGAGGCGCUCACCAUUGACUUGCACCAGCGCAAGGAAGCAGCGGUAGAGCACCACGAGGCAUUGGGACGAAACAAGAAGGUGAUGAAGAUGAUACUCAAUGUAGGGCAAGUGGACGUGAAGAAAAUUGACGUGAGAUUGGUCGAGGCGGUGCUGAGUCCGGGUGGCAGCUCCGAGGGUUCUGGUGAAAGCUCUGACGACAGCUCCGACUGGGUCGAGGCAGCAGACUUUGAGGAAUUUCUCCAACCAUCGGUCGCAGGCCAUGCACGUCGCGUGCGUGUGUUGCCGUUGAUGUUAGUGCCGCGGAUGGUGUACGUUUGCGACGUGCCGCUGCGCAGCAAGCCCGACGGUAAGCCUUUGGGGAGCGAGCCUCUACACGAAUGCUUAAUUGGCGAUAACAAAGGCUGUGCUAGCCGCGAACAAGACAAUGAUAGGGUGCGGGAAAUCCUGCCAGAAGUACCUCAUACAGAAUCUGCAAGAACCGGAUCUGCAAAGGCGGCCGAAACGGGCGAAGCCGCACGAACCACUACCAUAGAUGCAGUGGCUCAAGCUCCAGAAAGGCAUGCUCAGGCCGAUCAAGCCAUUGACCUCCAAGCUGCGGAUACUGAAUGUGAAGAAACGACUGGAGGUGUGAAGGUGACAGGGACUGGAUCUGCCGAUUUUGAGUCUGCUCUGUCGGAGAGUAUCAGCUCUCACACGGACAACGCCGACGCGUUCCAGAACCGGUUUACGCUCCAUGACAUCCUCCUCAAAUGGGAUAAUGAGACCCGUAACUUGCUCUACAAGUUUGUCCACUACAUCAAACUUCGCGGAGCCAUAUUCAGCUUCCUCAAGCACGACGCGUUCCAGGAUAUGCAACUGGUGGUGCAGCGUAAGAUGACGCGUCAGGAGACCCUUAUUAUGGGUAUGAUCAAUGAUACCAGCUCCCUCAACUCGUCCAAUUCUGGUGACUCCUCUCCGAACACGGUCACUGAUCACAUGGAGCCCACUUGCGCAGAUCGUCUCGCCGGCUUCAACACAGCUCUCCGUGAGGUUUUGGCUGACCAGGUGUUUGAGGAUGAGAUAUUGAUUCAACUUAUUUCUCCGCAGAUCCAGCUCACGAGUAUCGCGACGCCAGAUGCGUCUAUUAACGUUAUUUCACCGCUUAUAGAGGUGAAGAUCGUGGCAGUGCUCGAGAAACCGCUGAUUGCGAUAUUGAUUAACGACAAAGUGGUGGAGAAACGUUUCGGCGUGAUGCUCCACGAUGCCACGAUCUACCUCUUGCCGAGGGAGGCCGGCGAGAAGUUGUGCCAGAGCGACGGCUAUGGCAGCAGUGACAAAUGGCCGCCGUGGUUGGAUCUGCGAGUGUUCUCGGACCAGGCGAUCCAUGCGCAGCAUUUACUUAUUGAGCAGACCUCGAUAAUGCUUCGAUAUGACCAGGUGAAUGCUCUUGUGAGCGCCCAAACAAAGAUCCGGAAGAAGGCCUCCAGGGAAAGGAACCCCCAGGAUGCCGAUACAACCUCUGAUUCCGACUCCGCCCGGAGUCGGAUGUCGGUGGAUAUUCCCCGUGUGGUUGUGUCGUGCACCUCAAAACAGUACUUCACGCUCUAUCUUCUCAUUUUAGAUCUCCUCAUCUACUCAGAGCCUAUGCUGGACGAGCUUAGCGAGCGCCUAGCCAAGCUCUCUCUCCUGAUUGACCUCAACGACCUCCAGGCCAUCCCGACCAAGAUUCGGCUGUUGGUAUUUUCAUUCCAAGCAUUGCGUAAGAUGGCCAACAACUACAAUUUCCGCCAGCACUGUCUUGAUAAUGAGCAGCUCAACGACUACACCACCAUCUCCAUGGAGCAGCUCAACAUCUUGGCUGAGUUAUACCUCCUCAUGAAGGCGAUUACGAUGGGCAACCAGGCGAACAGCGAGCUGUUGGAGUGGAAUAUCUGCGCGGACCUGAUCAUCCUCCAUAUGUUGGACGAGACCAGUCAUUCGUUCGUGGACUUAGCUAUUGCCCGCGCUGCGUUUCAGCGCGUAGAGAACUCCGACGGAUCCAACCGAAACAGCGUGACCAUCGGUGUGAUGCAGGCCAUCAACCUUGCCCCAAGCACCUACUACCCCGAUCUUCUCCGUCCGUUUAUCCCCUUAGAAGACAACGCUUCAGUUCAGUCGAUGGACACCACGGAGUACCUUCGGGAUAAGAACAUGGUUGAGGUGCGGUGGGAUUUGGGCAAGACCGUUGGGGGGAUCCAGAUCGUGAAGGACUUUGUGAUCAAGGCAGAGCCCCUCAGCGUGGAGCUUGAACAGGAAAUGGGCGAGAAGUUAGUUCGAUACAUCUUCCAGACGGAUGACGAUAAAUUGGGCGAAAGCCCGUUGCUUGCCAAGUCUGAUCCGAAGUCGUUAGAAGCGGAUCUCAUAGGAAAGCCAGAGCACCGGGAGAGUCGUUUAAGACUUCGCCCCGAGGACGGAAGUGGUCACUCUCCGGAAAAGUCCGCCACUUCAGGCUCGUCAGGCUACAAGAACUUAUCGCAGCUUGGCGACGCGUCCAUAACGAGGAUGGACGAGGAGCUUGGCGAUGAAGUGGACGAGAUGAUGCAGCGUGCGUCAAGCUACAUGUCCAUCAUCCACUUGAAAGUGUUUCCGAUGACGUUGAAACUCUCUUACAACGGUGUGAGUGGUAUCAAGCGGAUGGUAAACGUGCAUGGCUUGUUAUUGAACCUUCCAGAGUUUGCGUUUGCAAAUAAGCUCUGGACAUUAUUGGACAUCGCUCUAGAGCUUAAGAAGUAUGUGAUCAAGGCUUUGCUUGCCCAAACAGGGAAGAUCUUGGGGAACAAGAUGAAGAUCCACAACAGGACGAAAAAGGUGAUGGCACACGCGAAGCCAUUGACAAACUACGCAAACUUUACCCGAGCGAUGGAUUUGGUUGGGGAUAAGUCAGAGGUAGAGCUGGGGCCGGAGACAACUGCAAUGGCAGCCGAAGUGGAGGCAACUGAAGCAAAGACUACCGAAGUGGGGGCAGCCGAAGCAAAGACUACCAAAGCGAAGACCACCGAAGUGAAUUCCACCGGAAUGAAGACUACCGAAGUAAAGACUACCGAAGCGAAGGUUUUUACAAAUGCGUGACAACUCUGAUCUUUGAGUCAAGACUUAUUAUGGGUGGUCUAUAACUUAUGCCUCCGGGCUGAGCUGACGGGAUGAAAGAUAUGUAUAGUUCAAAAUAAAUUCGAAUAGAUUAUAAAAUGAGAG